GACAAGGAAAACACAAGGAGUUUGAGGCAGCACUGCGUAGACUUAGGGGAAAGGAUGCUGAUUUAUCAGCAGAGGCAGCCGAAAUUCAAGUACGUGAAAAAAUCUUAAUGUUUCGUUUUAAUUGAUAUGCCGUGAUGAAUAUGAAGAGGACGAGAUUGUAUAUACGACAGGGACAAUAUAGAAAGCAUUGGAGAGGCUUCCAAAAGCCAAACUGCUAGAUUUAUUUCAAAGGAGAUAUCUGAGUUCACUCAUGAUAGGAGUAGGGCUAAUGAUCUUCCAACAACUUGGAGGUAUCAAUGGGGUCAGUUUCUACACCAGCAGUAUCUUUGAGGCCGCGGGAUUCCCAGCUGACGUUGGAACCAUAAUCUACGCGGUUCUUCAGGUGAUAAUUACCGCGCUAGCUGCUACUUUUAUCGAUAGAGCAGGACGAAAGCCUCUUCUAAUAAUUUCUGGAUCAGGACUGUUCCUAGGUAGUCUGCUGAUAGGGAGCUCAUUCUAUGUGAAGGAGCGUGGACUAGCAUCUGAUGCAGCUCCAGUACUAGCUUUGAGUGGAAUAAUGGUGUACAUAGGGUCUUUCUCAGUUGGAAUGGGAGCAAUUCCAUGGGUGCUCAUGUCUGAGAUAUUCCCACUAAACAUCAAAGGAGCUGCUGGAAGCUUUGCCACACUAGUGAACUGGUCUGGUUCAUGGGCUUGUUCUUACACCUUCAAUUUCCUCAUGAGCUGGAGCACCUAUGGAUCUUUCAUGCUCUAUGCUACAGUGAAUGCACUUGCAGUUGUGUUUGUGAUUAAGGUAGUGCCUGAAACCAAAGGGAGAACUCUGGAGCAAAUACAGGCAGCAAUUAGCUCUUCGUAGAACAAUCCAGAACCUUCCUUUCCAUCUCAAUAUUUCUUGCAACCUUUGAAAGUUGAAAUGUUGCUGUCAGAAACCAAGAAUGGUUUAAUAAACUGCAAAGAUCGAUGUGCAUGGCUAGUUAUGGAGAAAGGAAGAAUCAGCAAAUUCUUUUGCUCUAUAAACAAGUGAUUUUUGUGAUUGAAUCAUAAGAGACUUCAAAGGUCUCUGAAUCAUACAGUUUAGUUACCAAUGGAAUUUGAUUUCUCUUUCAAAAAAAUUUAACAAUUAGUUAUAAAUUAAAAGGCUUGUUUACAAAUGA